AUGACAAAUCACGAUAAUAACAACAAUAAUAAGGAUACGCAUGAAAGUAAAAGUGAUAAGGAAUCACCUAGUUUAUUACCUCCUCAAGCAGCAGCCACUCCUCCUCCAUCUACAGACGAUACUGCGUCACUACUAUCACCUUGGUGGUCAGAACAAACAGCUACGACAGAAGAGACACAGCCUACAGCUACUGAAAAGACUAAUAAUACGAAUAGCUCAAGUGCAAGCAACAAUAGCAGCAGUACACAUAAGCAUACCAUCUUGAUAGGACUCAAUCGCAACAUGGAGCAUAAUGAUGACAAAGAAAUAAGCUGGAAAGAGAAAUGCUAUGUGUUUGCCAAUGUACCCAAAUUGAAAUAUGAAGGAAAAUCAGAUAGAGAAAACUUGGAAAAACUGUUUGAUUAUUCAAGAGAAUGCACCAUGGUUUGCUUUUUGAGGGAGAGUCGGAAACUGGCAAGGCAACGACUACUGCUGACAGAAGAAAAUACAGAAAAGAAAACAAGUGACAUUGGAUUUACUUUAAAUCCAUUUUAUGGGACAUGGAUAUCAGUAGCCAAGACACCUAAAAGAUGCAGAGAGCAUAUACUUGGAGUGCAAGCAUUUCUCACAAAAAAAGAUUACCCAGAUUAUUACACAAUAGAUCUAGGAGAAGAGACAAAACAUUCAAGUGAGCAUGUUUCUAGGGUCAUCCAUAAAGCAUUUGGACCAUUACAACAUCUAUCACAGAGAUAUAUUGAUUCAUGGAAUAAUGGUACACAGCAAGCGUUCUUUCACAAGUUUUGGACUCGAUUAGAAAGAGGAGAUGCAUUUUAUCUAGUUCGAGAUUGUACAAAGAGGUUGAUCGAGAAUGUGUUGGAAGACAAAAAACCCAGUGAUAAGAAAUAA